ACCGAAAAGAAAAAAAAACUCCCAAUUUGAAACAACGGGUUGUCUCGAGUCUCUCGACCAAUUGGUAAUUCAUUUCUAGGGUUAAGAUCCAUAGUGCAAUACUGCAAUUAGCACCCCUAUCACCCUAUGGUAGACGGUGACCAUUAGCUUACCUCAGAUUCAUGAAUUAAAAUCAUGGUAGCCGUAGCCAACCGUUUUUCAAUUCUUCCAUGCUUGUUCCCAAACUCAACUUCCUCUGUAGGCGUAUUUCCUUCUUUCUACCACUCAGGCUGGGCUUUCAUUCAUCAUCAACGUCUGUACAAUCUAACUACCUUAACCGCCAGCUUGAUCUCUUCUUCUCCAACCCAAUCUCGGAUUUCGAGUCUCUUCUCCAAUCUCACUCUUUCAUCUACACAACUGGUCAUUCCAACAAUAUCUUCUUUGCAGCAAAGCUCAUCUCUCUGUACUCUUCCUUUAAUAAACCUAAUUUUGGCGCUCAAGUUUUUGAAUCAAUCCAUCCCAAAGACACCUUCCUCUGGAACUCCAUCGUUAAAUGCUACUUCUCUAAUGGGGAGUAUUCACAAGCCCUUAAGCUCUAUGGCCGGAUGGUUGUUUCGGAUGCCGCUCCGAACCAUUUCACUAUCCCAAUGGCUGUUGCCGCCUGCGCCGAACUUGGCUCCCUCCCACGCGCCAAGAAUAUCCAUGGUCUCACAGUAAAGCUAAGCCUCUUUGCUGGUAAUCCUGCUGCUGGGUCUUCUUUUGUCUAUAUGUAUGCCAAAUGCGGUGAAAUGGAAGACGCCUCUCUGAUGUUUGAUGAAAUGCCACUUAGAGAUGUAGUUGCUUGGACUGCUCUUGUUAUUGGGUAUGUGCAGAACAAUGAUUGUGAGAAGGGUUUGUUUUGCCUUAAAGAGAUGCUAGUGAUUGGUGAGGAUGGGGUAAAACCCAAUUGGAGAACAAUCGAAGGUGGCUUACAAGCUUGUGGGAAUUUGGGUGCCUUAUUAGAAGGUAGAUGCUUACAUUGUUAUGCUCUGAAAACAGGGAUUGUGUCUUCCCAAGUCAUUGAGUCAACAUUGCUGUGUAUGUAUUCCAAAUGCGGGACCAAUGAAGAAGCUCUUCUUGCAUUCUCUGAGGUCCCUGAUAAAGAUCUCAUUUCCUGGACUUCGAUUAUUAGUGCAUAUGCGAAAGGCGGGAAUAUUUCUGAAUGCGUAGAGUUGUUCUGGGAAAUGUGGGCUGCAGAUAUUGAUCCCGAUGGAAUUGUUAUCGGUAGUAUGCUUUCAGGUUUUGGGAAUUCCAUGAUGGUACAUGCAGGAAAAGCCUUUCACGGACUUAUUGUGAGGAGAAAUUUUGAAUUGGAUCAUAUGAUUAAUCAUUCUCUGCUGUCAAUGUACUGUAAAUUUGGAUGUAUAUAUAUUGCAGAAAGGCUCUUCAACAGGGUAUGUCAACGGGACUCAGAAUCCUGGAACUGGAUGGUUUCGGGGUAUAGUAGAAUAGGGUUGGAUUCGAAGUGCUUAGAACUGUUUAGAGAAAUGCAACAUCUAGGUUUCAGAUCUAAUAUAAACAGUUUGGGUUCUGUGAUUUCUUCGUGUUCAAAAUUAGGAGCAACACUUCUAGGCCGGUCUGUGCAUUGUUAUGUGAUCAAAGUUCAGAUUGAUGAGGAUGUUUCAACUGCAAAUUCCCUUGUGGAUAUGUAUGGAAAGUUCAGAAACUUAAAUACUGCACAGAACAUAUUUUCUAGAACUCCUAAAGAUCUUGUCACUUGGAAUACACUGAUCUCAGCUUAUACUCGUAAUGGACAUUCUAGUGAGGCUGUUACCCUUUUUGAUAUGAUGAUUUUAGAAGACCUGAAACCCAAUUCGGCAACAUUGGUGACAGUUCUUUCAGCUUGUUCUCAUCUAGGAGCUCUAAAACACGGAGAAAGGGUGCACUGUUACAUCAAAGAAAGAGGAUUUGACUGUGAUCUCCGUCUUUCUACUGCAUUAGUCGACAUGUAUGGAAAAUGUGGGCAACUUGCAAUAUCAAGAGAGAUUUUUGAUGCAAUGCCUGAAAGGGAUGUUGUAUCAUGGAAUGUUAUCAUCUCAGGAUAUGGAAUUCAUGGGGAUGCUAAGUCUGCAAUCGAGAUCUUCCAGCAAAUGGAGGAAUCAAGUGUUGAGCCAAAUGGACUUACAUUUCUUGCUAUUCUCUCAGCCUGUGCUCAUGCAGGCCUAGUUGAAGAAGGGAAGUAUCUAUUUGGUAGGAUGAGGGAUUAUGGUGUGCUUCCCACUUUAAAACACUAUGCUUGUAUUGUGGAUCUUCUUGGCCGGUCAGGAGAUCUCUGUGAAGCUGAAUCCAUGAUUCUGUCAAUGCCCAUUCUUCCUGAUGGGGGUGUGUGGGGAGCUCUUCUCAGUGCUUGUAUAAUUCAUAAUAAUUUGGAGAUGGGAGAGCGAAUAGCCAAAAGGGCUAUUGAGUUGGACCCUGAAAAUGAUGGUUACUAUAUUCUGAUCUCCAACAUGUAUAAUUCUACUGGGAAGUGGGAGGAUGCAGAGAGGAUGAGAGAGAUGAUGAAAAGUAGGGGUGUGAGGAAGAGAGCUGGCUGGAGUGCAGUGUAACUCUGAAAAGUUAUUUUAUUUUUUAAUACAGAUGUUUAGUGUGUGACUGCACGUCUAUGGGAGGAGCAUGCAGGGCUGUUUUAUCUUGGAGGCCAAUUCGCAUAUACUCGGUUACAUCAUAUGGGCAUCUACGGUCUUGAAGAUAAUUAGCAAUGGUAUAACUCAGCCCUACCAUUUCUUUGAGUUUUUACUUGAUUUUCAGGUUCAUGAUGCCAUUUAUGGUGUUUUUAUUUAUCGACAUUCUCUGCUGGUUGUCUGUGGUACAGUUAAGUUUUCCUUCUCCUCAUCUAUUUUUUGAAAUGGUUUCCAAUAGUUCAUUCUCCAUACAAAGCAUAAUAUUUCUCCCACUUUUGAAAACCAAAUGAGAGGCACUCAUGAUGUCCAAGGACAGGUUUUGGAAUCUUCUAACUUGCUUUAUUAAGGCUGGCCUCUUUGAUGUUGUCUUUAAAUGCACAAGACUUACUUGGUCCAAUGAGGUUAAUCAGUUUUUAUUUUGCAGGAGCAUGAAUUAUAUGAACCAUACCAACUCCAUCUUUCCAAUUGUAUUCAAAAUUUGUACUUUAAUUCCUGAUGUUGAUCAGUUCAGCUUGGGAGGUAUAUCAGAUAAGUUCAUUAUUCA